UCCACCCCCAAAUCCAACACCGCCGGCGAAGCAUCCAGGCCCAGACCCCGCCGCUCCGAUGGCCCGCACGAAGCAGACGGCGCGCAAGUCCACAGGCGGCAAGGCGCCGCGGAAGCAGCUGGCGACCAAGGCGGCCCGCAAGUCGGCCCCGGCCACCGGCGGCGUGAAGAAGCCGCACCGCUUCCGCCCGGGAACCGUCGCGCUCCGGGAGAUCCGCAAGUACCAGAAGAGCACGGAGCUGCUCAUCCGCAAGCUCCCCUUCCAGCGCCUCGUCCGGGAGAUCGCGCAGGACUUCAAGACGGACCUCCGCUUCCAGAGCUCCGCCGUGUCGGCCCUGCAGGAGGCCGCCGAGGCGUACCUCGUGGGGCUCUUCGAGGACACCAACCUCUGCGCCAUCCACGCCAAGCGCGUCACCAUCAUGCCCAAGGACAUCCAGCUCGCCCGACGCAUCCGCGGGGAGCGCGCCUAGGUUCUCGGUCGCCGCCGGUGAUGCUAGGUGGUUGUUGUUACCGGCUGACGAUCCGGAUCUUUGCCGGGUUCUUCUGUUGGCUGGUGUUGAUAUGAUGUGUCCUCUUGUCUGUCCCGAUGCUGGAAUGAAAUGGCAAUGAAAAGUUCAGUUAUCAU